AUGGCGAUUGUCCAGUCGUCUACGCCCGCGACCGGAGCGAGGGGCCGCCGACAGUUCUUGCAAGGCUUCCAUUAUGACGCCCAGACAGAGCUCAUGAGAGGCGCCGCUCCAGUAGUUAACAAUCCGCCCCUUUUUGCACAGCAGAUCCUCGCCGACGAAGAAGCCGACGAAGACGGAAUUGUCGACACACUCGAUGCCUUAGACCUGGAAUCCGAGACACGCAGAAUUAUCGCCAAAGAGAAAGAACGCAUGACAACCCGAGCCGAUGUGUUACGCACUUUUGCGGAAUCCAUGGCCGCUUGCGCAAGAAAAUUCGACCAUAGCUACGCCCACGCCGUUGCCAACGACUUCACCAGGUCCCUGCUCCACCACUGGAAUCAGUUCCUCCACUCUGGAGACACUGCAGGAUGCAACGAUGAUCCCCCACUGAUGAAUCUACCAGUCAGACAGGAGCCAACGGCCAGGCCGCCAAUCUGA